GCGUCCAGUAGCCUUCGAGAUAUCUUUGCAAGAUGAGAGUACUGGUACUAGCAGCGCUAAUCGCAUGCGCGUACGCGGCGCCAUCUGGCGACGCUUUCGAAGUGCCUGCCGUCCAGAUUGACGAUCCGGACGACGUGCAAGCUGCCGCUAUUGAUGCUAAGGUGAAAAUCGACGACGCAGCCCAAUUUGCAGCCGACGAAGCCCGCGCACUAACGGAGCAAGCAAUUGAGAACCAGAAAGACACUAUUAACGAGUCUAUUGACAUAGCAAAGGAAAAUACCGAAGAAGCCUUCUGGUCUAUUGAAGACAAGAAAUGGCAAGCUCUGAAUGCUGUACAGACAGCUGAAGCCAAGCUUGAUGGGUCGAUUGCAAGUAAUAGUCAGGCCCUAGCCAGAUCUUAUAAUUUUGUUGUGCCUUAUUUGCAAGGACCUGUGGUGUCCCCUAUAGCUCCGAUUCACCCUGCAGCUCCUAUAGGCCCUAUAACUCCUAUAAACACUUUAUCUCCUAUAGUUUAUGCAACUCCAGGAAUUAUACAAGCCGAGAAAUUGAAGAUUUUAAAGGAGGAAAAAAAAGAAUUGGAGAAGAAGAUUGAAUAUUUGGAGAAAGAACAAGAGAAGUAUGAGAUGAUAGAGAAACAGAAAUAUGAAUUGUUGGAGAAACAGAAAUACGAAAUGAUGAUGAAGGAGCAAGAGCAACAAACAUUGGUGAAGACGGCAGACCUGGAGAAGGAUGGCGAGAAAAGGGCGGAGUUGGAAAAGAAUUUGAAGGAGAAACCAGCAGUUUUGCUUUAUAGUGUGUUGCCUCAGCCUUGGUCGCAACCUCUAUAUGUGCAGGAUCCUCUUGUUUUGAAAUAAUGGUCAAAAAUGAGAAGGAAUUAAAAAGC